CAAAGAGUUCGUUCAAGAGGCUACACUGAUCAGCAAUUCGAAGACGCUAUCCGAGAAUAUAGCCAGCUUGAUAUUUGGCAAGUUAACGCCAACCGAACAAAGCUUACUAUCAUUCAGUAAAAGCUGUUCGGCAUUGCCAUCUCUUGUUUUUUCUCUUUUCUUUUUUUAUCAUUACUUUUCUCCCCUUUCACCCUUUUCUUCAUCUGUUUUAUGUAGAUACUAUUGCAUGCUUACUUCUUCUUCCCUGCUUCACAUUAACGCCACAACACCCUUCCUAAUUGUGUUUCAUUCUGAGAAAUGCUUACAGGCGUUUAGACCUGCAACUUUGUGGUUACAACACUUUUUAUCAACAGCCUUAAAUUGUGCCCUUCCAAUAAAAAUUGCAUUCUCGUUUUUAAAUCUUUUCCGUUGGCUUGAGACAUGUGCAUAGGUCCUUGGCUAAUUGCUGCUCUACCAGCUGGCUUAUUGCGUUGUAAUAACCCUUGUUCAACCUCGGGCAUUUUGUUAGGCAGUGAAACAAAUAUUAGAAAAAAAAAAAUUCUCCCCAGAGUAUUUGAACCCGCUGAUUCUCAAUCUGCGUGUACCACAUCGCAUUUUUUUUUUUUCCUGCAGUUCGUCAAAAUGAAGUUUGCUAAUAUCUUGACCUUUAUAAGUCUGUUCGCUCUGCUGAUUGCCUGUGCUCAUGGACUCGAAAACCCUGUUCAUGCAGACAAGUUGACGAUUGAAAAAGACAAGUUGAUAAACAAUAUCAAGAAUGUGAUGCAUAGCGGUGAAGAGGUAUCACAGAACAUUGCCACUGAUGUCCAGCGCGACAUUGAUCACUUCCUCAGCAACGUACAAGAUUGGAGACAUAUUACUGAGGCUAGUAUUUCGCAAACAUUGAACUCCAUUCGGUCCACUUUGGAACAGCACAAUAUUCCACCCAAGCGGGUUAAGGAGGUCCUUGAGCGCGUUGAUGGAGCUCUUCUAGACUUUGAGGCUGACCUGACUACCGCUCAGCAAAGCCAUAUGGGUACUGCCAGCUGGUCAUUCCCAUCGGAGUCCAGCAUUCGGGAAAACAUUUUGAAUUGCAUCGAAAAGCUGCGUAGCAUUGCUUACGGCAACACUGCAUCUCAAACCAAUAAUAAGCCCAACGCCAAUUACAUUGAGUAUGUGAAGAGCAAUUACAUUGAUCCUCUCGCUACCAGUUUGCAUUCCGCUAUGCCUACUGGUAUGAACCGUCAGUCCAUACAAGAGACCUUCCAGAAGACUGCCAAUGACGCUAGAUUGGCUGCUGAAAAUAGAGUUAAACUCGGCAAGUCCGGUGCCGAGGCAUAUAUACAACAAGCUCGCCAAAUGUUUGACUCCAAUGUUUUGGGCAAAAAGAAAACUCCUCUCAAUCAAAAGGAUACGGCCAUGGCUUAUUGUCAAGAUACUUGGAACUGGCUGAAAGCAAAGGCAACGGAGCUCCGCGUCCGAGCUUAAAGGUGUUUGUUGCCUAUUAUCGUUUGAUAUCUAAAGUGCUUCGGACAUACAUCCACCAAUUGCAAAUGUUAAGCCAAGUAUGAUAUAAACAGGCGUUGAUAGGAUUUCCAUUUAUAACGU